UGAAAGAGCAGGAAGAGAAAGCUGUGUGUGUGUAUGUGUCAGCGUGUGUGCAUGCGUGUGUGUUGGUGUGUGUGCAGUCAUGGACCUGCGCUCAGAGCUGCUCAAAUCCAUCUGGUUUGCUUUCACGGCUCUGGAUGUGGAGAAGAGCGGCAAAGUGUCCAAGUCCCAGCUGAAGGUUCUGUCUCAUAAUCUGUGUACAGUGUUGUGUAUCCCCCACGAUCCGGCCGCUCUGGAGGAACAUUUCCGUGAUGAUGACGACGGACCGGUCUCGAGUCAGGGCUACAUGCCAUACCUCAACAAAUACAUCCUCGAUAAGGUGGAGGAGGGUACUUUUGUGAAGGAGGAGGUGGACGAGCUCUGCUGGACUCUCACAGCCAAGAAGAACUACAGGCCGAAGGGGGACGACAUCCUGCCCAAGAAAGAUGCCUUCCGGCUCUGGUGUCUCUUCAUCUUCCUGUCUGAGGACAAAUACCCGCUGGUGAUGAUCCCUGAUGAGGUGGAGUACCUACUGAAGAAGCUGUGCAUGGCCAUGAGUGUGGAGCUGAACUGUGUGGAGCUGGAGGACUUUAUUUCCCAGGAUUCCAUUCAGCAGAACGGUUUCAGUGUGUGGGCAUUUCUGCAGAUGAUGAAUUCUGGGAAGCUCACCAGAGGACUUACCGAGGAAACUGUCAGCAUGGCCAUCGAGGAAGUGUAUCGAGAGAUCGUGGGAGAUGUGCUGAAGGAGGGUUACCUGUGGAAGAAAGGUCAGUUGAGGAGGAACUGGACGGAGCGCUGGUUCACCCUCAAGCCCAGCUCUCUGGACUACUACGUCAGUGAAGACCGCAAAGAGCGUAAGGGCAGCAUCGCACUGGACACCAACUGCUGUGUAGAGGCUCUACCAGACAGAGAUGGGAAGAGGUGUAUGUUCUGCCUGAAGACCAUCUCAAAGACGUUUGAGCUCAGUGCCUCAGACACCAAACAGCGUCAGGAGUGGACAACAGCGAUCCAGACGGCUAUCCGGCUACACGCAGAGGGGAAGUGCUCCCUACAUAAGGAGCUGAAGCUGAAGCGGCGGGAGCAGCGUGAACGCAGGGAGAGGAGGCGGGAGGAGAAGGAGCAGGAGCUGCAGCACCUCCAUUUGCUACAGGAGGAACGCGAGCGCAAGAAUGCUGAGCUGGAGCUCCUGAAGGAGGCGCAGAGACAAGCACAGCUACUGCUCGAACAAGAGGAACAGCGGAGACGUGAACAGCACGAACAGCUCCAAAAAGGACUGGAGCUCCAGCUAAGGGAGGCACAGGAGGCACGCGUGUUUAUGCAGGCUGAGAUGGCUCUGAAGGAGGAGGAGGCAGAGCGUCAGAAGAGGCGGAUCCAAGAGCUGGAGGAGUUGCAGCAGAGAUUAGAGGAGGCACUGAGACAGGAGAUCAAAGCGAGACAGGAUGAGGAGCAGCACCGAUACAAACAAGCCAGGUUGCUGGAGGAAGAGGAGGACAAGAUGAAGUCCCUGAUGACUCUGCAGGAGGAGCAGGAGGAGUUCAUUCAGAGAGAGCAGAAGGAAAAACAGGAGCUCAAACAGGAAAUGGAAAACAAAACGCGAGCGCUGGAGGAGGCGCAGAAACAGCUGGAAGAGAUCAGAGCAAACAGACACAGAGUGGAUCAGGACGUGGUGGCUGCUCAGAGGAAGCUCCGGCAAGCGAGCACUAAUGUCAAACACUGGAACGUUCAGAUGAACAGACUGAUGCACCCUAUUGGACCUGGAGAGAAGCGGAUGUCGCCAGGAGGCUACUCCAGUUUCCGUAUCCCGCCGCAGAAGGAUCCGGGGCUGCGGCUCAGAAGGACAAGCAGCGAACAGGAUGAGGAGAGCAAAGAGAACACGUUAGAGAACCGACUCUCAAAGCCCUCCAAUGGAACCAUGAACACACACUGAGAGGCGUGGCCAACAAGAUCCACACCUCGGUUUCAGUUUUCAUUGGCAGAGAGAGAGCGAGAGCGCACUACAGAAGCCACCACUUCAGCAGUGUAAAUCUCCCAAAACCCCACAGACUCAGUGACUUACCUCAAUACUUAACGCUUCCUUUAAGAUGCAUGACGGAAUCGAAGCAAAGCAUACAGCUACUAAUGCAACUAAUGCAGAAUCCAACACAACUCCUGUGUUUACACACUCCUUGUGGAAAAUAUUAACUGUUCACAACAGUUUUAAUCCUGAAUUUUGCUUGUAGAUGUAUACAUGUUGUACGUUACAAACACGUGAUGAUUACACUCGGUUUAGCGAGACUUGGAUUUUCUCAGAGGACCUGAGCAUUAAAGGCCUCGGUGUACUUCAAGCAAAGAUGACGUUCGGCUAGCUUCCACAAACAACGUGACGGUAAUGUGGAGCAAACAGACAUCAUCUCAAGGUAUAAAAAAAAAAGUAGAAAAGUGGGUCUCCUUGUCAAUGUAUCACACUCGCCGUCCUCACCAUCCUCAUCCCUCAGUUUAUUUAAUUGUCCCUUUUUUUUUGUAAAUAUGGAAUAACAGAAGCAGCUCUUCCUCUUGUUCCAUCAUGUCUUUCUGUUCACCCACCAGCAACCGGUCAUCUUCCUGUAAUCAUAGAAAUAGUCCUGAAAUUUUAACAGCGCCACCUGCAGUACUGGAGGACUCAUACAGGACCACAAAUUCAGUAAAUAAGCUUGAGGGUGUGGUUUCACCUUCAUGUAAACCUCGCAGAUGUCAUGAAGUAUGCUGAGACCUUUUGUGUGCUUGUAAACGUGGCUAACGAUUAUUCUGUAUUUCACAUUGUAGUUUUUAUUGCUUCGUCUGCAUGUAAAGGCUAAGUGUACAAUAAAUCAAAAUGGCACAAUA